UUAGCCUCAUAACAAGUUCAUAUCAAAAAAAAAAAAAAAGAAAAGAAACUAUUAUUUUUUAUAAAAGAAACAAAAUUAUCUAAUGAUGAAAUUAUUUUUAACUUUCGUUAUUUUCUUUUCACUUAUUCAAAUAUCAACAAUUUUUGCAGCUGAUUUUAGUUACAGCGGGACUACAGGACCAGCAUUUUGGGGUAAUUUCAACGAAACGUGUCUUAAGGGAAAAAAUCAAUCACCAAUUGAUAUUCCUUACAAUGAAUUUAUAAAAUUUAGUAAACCUGAUGAUGUAGAAUUUCAUGAUGCUCAUGAUGUUGUCAUUGAAAAUAAGGGUCAUACUAUUGAAAUUUCAAAAAAUUUGGACGCCAAAUUGAAAAUUAAAGAUAAUGAAUAUAAUUUAUUACAAUUUCAUUUUCAUACCCCUUCUGAACAUCGUGUUAAUGGAAAAUAUUAUGACGUUGAAGCUCAUUUUGUUUUCACUGAUACAAAAGACAACCUUUCUGUUAUCGGAGUCUUUUAUGAUGUUUCCGAUCGACGAAAUAGAUUUUUUGAUCCAAUUAUUUACAAUAUUCCUGAUGAAAAUGCUAAAAAAACGAUCGAUUUUAUUAAACUUUCUUCAGUAAUAGAAGAUAUUAAUUGGAUGAACUCGACUUAUAACUAUUUUGGAAGUCUUACCACGCCUCCAUGCUCAGAAGGCGUCAACUGGUGGGUCGCUUAUCCCGUUCAGCCAAUCGGAAAAAAUCAAUAUUUAAAACUUCGGGAUGCUAUGGGUUUUAAUUCACGUUAUACUCAAGUGAGAAACGGGGAAUAGUGAAUUAUGAUAACCUGUAAUAUUAUGAUAAUAUGAUGAUGAUAUUUUUAUGUAAUAGAUCACAAAUAAUUAUUUAUAAAGUAAUAAAGGGCCAUUUGUAAAUCACGUGAUUUUAAUAA